AUGCCUAGCGAGGUAGCAAUCAGUUCCAACGGUCAGCCAAACCUAAAAAGUAACCUCUCCUUUUUUCUCAAUAAACCCCACGAUGUCGAGUUCGCCCAAGCGCCGAUACCACAGCUUCCAACACCAAACCAUGUCCUUGUGGCCAUAAACUACACAGGAAUCUGUGGCUCGGAUGUACAUUACUGGGAUCACGGGCGAAUUGGUCAGUUUAUUGUGCAAGAGCCUAUGAUCCUGGGCCAUGAGUCGUCUGGAACGGUGGUUGAGGUUGGCGGUAACGUUACAAGCCUGAAGCCAGGCGAUAGAGUUGCGAUUGAGCCCGGGUAUCCUUGUCGAUAUUGUCGCAACUGUUUGGCUGGCCGAUAUAACCUCUGCUACAGCAUGGUCUUUGCAGCUACGCCCCCACAUCAUGGUACUCUGACAGGCUUUUGGGUUGCCCCAUUUGACUUCUGCUAUAAGCUACCCCAGACUGUAUCUCUACAAGAAGGGGCCUUGAUUGAACCCCUGGCAGUUUCAGUCCAUAUCAUCAAGCAAGCCCAACUAUCACCUGGAAACAGCAUUGUGAUCAUGGGAACCGGGCCAAUCGGCCUUCUCUGCGGGGCGGUUGCUAAGGCAUUUGGUGCCAGCAAGAUCAUUGGCGUCGAUAUUGUGCAAUCCAAGCUCAACUUUGCAAAGGAGCUGGGCUUCACACACACAUACCUAUCGCAAAGAAUUUCCGCCGAAGACAACGCUGCGGCGAUACUUGCCAAUAGUGAUCUUGGACAAGGUGCCGAUGUUGUUAUCGAUGCAAGUGGAGCAGAACCCUCUAUUCAAACGACCCUGCAUGUUGUCAAGGCUGGAGGCGUAUAUGUUCAGGGUGGUAUGGGUAAGGCAGAUAUUACUUUUCCUAUCAUGGCAAUGUGCCAAAAGGAGGUGACAGUAAAGGGCAGCUUCCGGUACGGGCCCGGGGACUACGAAUUGGCUAUUGAGCUUGUCUCGAGCGGUCGAGUUCCGGUAAAAAAGCUUAUUAGUGACGUGGUGGAUUUCCAUCAAGCGGAAGAAGCGUUUAAGAAGGUCAAAGAGGGACAAGUGGUGAAGGUUCUUAUUGCUGGACCCAACGAGCCUGUGCAGGUGAAGCGGCUGGAUGCCCUUAGCUAA